AUGACGCUACAAGCAAUCCGAUAUGUUGAUGGUGAUCUCACCAUAAUUGAUCAAUUAAAACUCCCUUUUGUCGAGGAGUACAUACCUAUACGAACAGCCGAGGAGGGCUGGCAUGCAAUAAAAGAAAUGCGAGUGAGGGGUGCACCUGCCAUUGCCAUUGUGGCUGCACUUGCACUUGCAUCUGAACUUCACCAGCUUACCACCAACAAAAAGCUGUCGGCUGUUGCAGAAGAGGUUCGAGUCUUUAUUGUGGAAAAAUUACAUUAUCUCGUCACCAGUAGACCAACUGCUGUCAAUCUCAGCGAUGCUGCUUAUAAGCUUGAGGCAUUGGUGACCGAACGUGCGAAUACAGCAGGAUCAGCUGGCCAUGAUAUCGCCACUGUCUUUAUCCGCGCAGCUGAAAAUAUGAUGGUCAAAGAUGUGGAGGAUAACAAAAGAAUUGGGCAGAACGGGGCUCAGUGGAUCCUUGCAAAUGCCCUCAAGUCGGGCGCUUCUAAAACUUCUAUUCUCACACAUUGCAAUACAGGUUCCCUUGCGACUUCUGGUUAUGGAACAGCACUGGGUGUAAUUCGUUCUCUCGCCUCAAACAAUGGGCUGCGCCAUGCGUAUUGUACAGAGACUCGACCAUACAAUCAGGGUUCCCGUUUGACGGCUUUCGAGUUAGUCCACGACGGUCUCCCUGCUACUUUGAUCACCGAUUCAAUGGCAGCUGCUCUACUCGCGCGGACAGAUGCCGACGUGAAUGCGAUUGUAGUGGGAGCAGACAGGGUGGCAGCCAAUGGGGAUACUGCAAACAAAAUAGGAACAUAUGGCUUAGCAGUCUUGGCAAGAUAUCACGGUGUCAAAUUCCUUGUUGCUGCACCACUCACUACAAUCGACCUGGCUACUAAAUCAGGCAAUGAAGUCAUCAUUGAAGAGCGUCCUGCUUCUGAGGUAACAAGGAUCAAAGGUCCCAGCCAAAAAGAUGAUGCUACUGGAGGCCUAUCCUUGGAAACUAUAAACAUCGCAGCAAAGGGAAUCAACGUCUGGAAUCCAGCAUUUGAUAUCACGCCUGCAACACUCAUUGAUGGUAUAAUCACAGAAGUCGGUGUUGCAGAAAAGGAUCCUAGCGGACAUUUUCACUUGGACCGUUUAUUCCCCUGA